UCUCGUUCGGUUAACUUGAAAAAAGAUUGCGUUACGUAGUUUGGGGCCGUUGGUGUGUAAUAAGAGUAACGAUCAUUUCCCAGUAAUAUCUGAAACAAACAGACAGAUACAAUGAAUUAUUCACGAGGCUUGAUGAUCGACUUAUUUUAGUUGGAAGAACGUACUUUUAUACAAUAAGUUCACAGAAAACUGUGUAGGAAUAUGUACGUCUUAAGUGUAAUAUAUUUUAGUUUAAGAUUAAACUAUGGGCUAUCUGCGCUGUGUCCACCGUAUGGAACAAAUCCCCGAUUUCUAGCGUUAUUAGGCUUACCACUAGACCAACGGGGAACAUUAAAUUAUCUUAAAUCCCACCUGUAACACUGGCACGAUUUUGCUUUUUUAGAUACACGACAUUAUGACAAGAAAGUUUUACUAACUUUAGCUAAGGUUGGAAAUCGAGCUGAUAAUAGCCACAGCUUACUCAAAUUACGUGUUUCCGUCGUGCCCAGAGGCGUCGUGAAGAUUAAAGCGACAUCGACUACGACGUUGGUACGAAGCUCGCUGUUUCAAAACUAGGCUUGGAUAAUGAUAACCUUGUUCACGGUUCUGCGGGGCGAUCCCCUAUAUUUUUGUCGGUGCCAUUCACUCGCUGACUGCCCUAGGCUGACAAUCCGUUUCACUCAAAUUCGUAUUUUUAAUGGGCUUCAAUUAUUCGUAUUUUAUUUAGCUUAAUUGCUGGCGCGUAAAACAAGAGCGCGUGGACGAAGAAACCACACCUUUCCGGUUGUGUAUAUAAAAGUCUUGUUGGCCACAGCUUGAAUCAAACCAGUGCCGAUACAUUGAAGUGGACGUUUUCGUACAAACAUUUUCCCCAGUUUCUUCUCUAGCUCAGACACAAUGAAGGCUGUGUUCGCUGCUGUGCUGUUUCUGUUCGCUGUUGCAUCCGUCAUGGCAGGUUACGGAUAUGGUGGAUACGGGGGCUAUGGAGGUUAUGGCGGACGUGGUUAUGGAGGCUAUGGUGGACAUGGUUAUGGAGGCUAUGGAGGUUAUGGCGGACGUGGCUAUGGAGGCUAUGGGGGUUAUGGUGGACGUGGUUAUGGAGGUUAUGGAGGCUAUGGUGGACGUGGUUAUGGGGGCUAUGGAGGUUAUGGCGGACGUGGUUAUGGAGGCUAUGGAGGUUAUGGCGGACGUGGUUAUGGAGGUUAUGGCGGCUAUGGUGGACGUGGUUAUGGAGGCUACGGAGGCUAUGGCUAUCACUAAAGGAGCAAUAUAUUUAAUUUGGUGUUACAAAAUACAAACGUAUUAGGGUUCCAUUGACAAGUGGAAAAGAGCACAGGCUAUACUUGAGGUUAUCAUACGUCACAUGAGAGAGACGAAAAAGUGUUUGUUAACAGAGAUGAAUAUUAUUUAUGAAUGUUGUUGUUAUGAGAAAAAUAUCUCUGUAUUCUUCUUUUUUUUCAGAUGUUCAAUAAAGUUUAAUAGCAUAUAUUGUCA